AUGACGGUCAUUCCGCAGCCCUUGGCGCAGGCUGGCAUAAACUUGGAGUACGACGGGCGUUGCCUUGUUGUACGAGAUCAAGAUCCCAGCGCAUGCCCAAUCCGAAAUCGCGGUGGAGAGGCUUUGGCAUCCUUCCUGUCCAGCAAUCCGGACAUUAAGGUUUUGGAUAUCCGGGAGUCCAACAUCAGUGACAACGGCUUAGCGCAGAUCUGUUUGACUCUACGCCAGAGCAAUCAGUUGGAGGAGCUUCACGCCAAUCCAGUGGGCCACACCGGCCUUGAGUUCCUGUUGGGCGUAGUUCGGAGGUGCAGCCGACUUCGCACCUUGACAGUUGAGGUCUGCGACGUACCCACACUGUUUGUGGGUCGUCAGAACUUGUCAGCAGCGGACUACGACACUUCCAACUAUGUGGCACCUAAGCCUGAGGGAGAAGAGGAACAGGAGGAACUGGAGGAGGAAGAGCUUCAAGCCAGAGCUGCCAAGGCUGAGAGGCUGCGGAAAGUCUUCACCGAGAACAACUACGAUUCUGGGGACGAGAUGGCUCCACCAGAAGAAGUGAAAGCUGUGAGCAGUGCGCUGACGAAGCUCCUGGCGGAGCUGGUGCGCGUCGUGAGGAGUCAAGUGAACCUCACCACGGUGGAAUGCCGAGGGGAUGCAGUGCCAAGCCACGUGAAGCUGGACAUUUCGAGGGCAGCAGAAGAGCAUCAGGCCUGCAGGCAUGGACUGGCUGAGCCAGAGGAGAGAGGAGCUCACACAGGGAUGGAUGUGCUGCAGGAGCAGAUGGCCGAGAUUCAGAGCGUGCUUGAGGGCAAGGAUCGACCUGUCAAGCCAUUCAGAUAA